UCGGACUGGCAUGUGUUAAUAAUUUAAAUUGUUUGCAACAAAAGUGUUUUAACAAAUAUCGUGCGUCACACAUUAGUAUAUUUUAAAGUUAUGUUAACUAAGUUAUAUCAACUAAAAUAGUGUUUUAGAUUUCUUAAAAUAACCGUGGUUAAAAGUCGCGUACGCAAGAAAUGCUCUGAACAUUAAAUUCAAACACAGAACCCAAUGGAGUCACCAAAGAUUGUCUACAAAUAUUACUCCAACCCAGCGUUCUGCGCGAGCGAACAUGCCCAGAAAUGUACAAGAAUUGUUUCACCCGAACGGAAGCGGGUCCCACCACUGGGCGCCAACACACCACGAUUGGACAAACGAAUACUACGAACAGAUAUAUCCGACAAUCCUCUACGAAUAUCAAGACUCAAAGACGAGCCCCCUGAACUGCCCCCGAAACCAGCCAGGUUCCAUCGUCAAGCGUCGUUAAUGUGUAAACCAACACGAGCGAUCAUUCAUUGCAGGACACGAAGCGAAGAUUUAGAGAUGGCACAAUUGAAACAACAACAGGAGCUGUCAGUACGAUAUGACAGUUAUGAUACGGACUAUUCACCAACCAAAAAACGCAUCAUCGAAGCUGAUGAAAGCGAGAUCGAGGAGUACAACGUGGACGCACCAGAUCUAAACGAAUUGAAAGCUAUACCAAGUGAAAUAGUCAAGACUGUGAACGGGAAAACUUUAAGGUACGCUAUCGUCCCUGAUGAAGAUAUAGCGUCGAAGAUUGCGACCCAAAAGCUUCAUGAGCUCUUAUCAACACCAAGAAAGCUGAAGAGCUACAGCAGUCAGCCGUCAGUACGUAGUCCAAAACAAAGGACGCCCAUCAAACUGGUGUCUAGCACGCCGACGAAUAUGACACCGUCGAAAUCAUGCGCCAAUUUGAGUAGCACAUCACCGAUUUCGCCUAAAGCCCAGCAGAAGUUGAAUUAUGGCCUGCCAGAGUUUGACAGACAUGAUGUGUUUGUAAGAGAGAAGAGAGACAAGACAACAGCCGUUAUCAUGCCACGGGUAGCUGAGGCUCCAUCUACGUACUCUGAAGACACAUACAAAUCUAUAAGUUUUAAACAAAACGGUGCUGCCGCUUCGCUAACCAUUGCAGCAUUGAUGUUGACUCUCUGCGGGGGUUUGACCACAGGACUUAGUUUCUACAUGAUGUAUUCUGUGGGACGCCGUUACUAUCUGGACUUUGGUGUUCUUUCCGGUUUCACCUGCUUCCUGCUUGGCUUACUAGGCCUUAGAUCAAGACGUAACCAACUUUUGCCAAAUAGGAAUUAUAUUUCCGGUUACAUCGUGUUAUCGUCGUUCUCGCUCCUCAGCGCUUUUGGUUUACUUCUCCUCCUCUGCAUCCAGCCGAAAUCUGGAACAGCCCUGAACGAUAUCACCUCUGGUGCUGUGUGCAGCAUCAGUGUUCUAUCUUUGGGCCUGUCAACUAUUGGUAUACUGGCUUCGUACUGCUGUGCGAGGGACCCACCAGAUAAUAGGGUUGGAGUUGGGACAGCUAGAUGGUAUUAGACACAAGACUAUUUAAAAAUAAGUCCAUCCCUUAAUGAUUAUAUUUUUAUCGACUUACAAAAAAAACAAGGGAUAAUGUUCUGUAUUUAUUGAUUUAAGAAAUUUAUUGGGAUAGAUAAAUAUUACUACAUAAAUGUUAGUAAUAUUCGUUAACCUAAUUUUAUUGUCCUGAAAUACAUCGCAACAACCAUAUAGUUUUAGUUUAGAUUGUAAGCUAAAUGAUCGUAAAACUAAAUGCGACAGUUUUAAAACUAAUAUAGAGUGGUAAUGAUAUAUCUGUGUUUCACCUACGUCAUAAUAUUUAGGCGAGAAGAGUGUUAAUAAAUUAUUACGUUCUAGACAUUCGUCAAAAUUACCGUCGUAAUAUGUAAGUAUCGUCAGUAAUUAUGACACACAGUGUAACAAUCAUUACCGCUUUUGCUCCUCAGUCUAAUAUGAAUAUAUACACUGUAUGAUGCUUGCUAUCUCAUUUUGGCCCACGUUAAAUCUCAUGAAUUUCUGUGUCUGUCUUUUUUUAAUGUCGCACUUAAUAUUUAUUUAUUAGUAUAAAAAGAAGUAAAGUUCUUUUUGGGUACACUUAGCUGUGAAGGCAGUGUAUGUAAACAAACGCGCUAGCACAGCACACGCCACUGUCUAUUGUCAGACGGUACAGUAUAGACUAUAGAGUGGAGAUUAUUUCAGUUAAUAUAAUAGUUGGAUGAGUGUAAAUUGGUAAGAUGUAAGCCGAGUUAUGAUGACCGUAUUUAAAAAUGUCAAUCAAGGACUACGUUUUAUUGAUAUUAGCGGAGGAAGCAUUUUACUGAUCUUUGUAGAUAUAGAUCCAUUGCGAAAACAGAAACAUUUUUUGAAAGCACUUUAGUGGUACAAUAAAUAUUUAUAAAUAUUUC